AAUAUUACAUAAAAAAUAAAAUUCUUUUAUUGUUUUAUCGACAUUCCCUUAUGCAAAUGAUUUUUCAAAUCGAAUGUAUGCCGUCGAUAAUGUAGUGCAUGUGUCGCGUGCGCGUCUCCUCUCGGGCUUGUGAUGCACAUGCACCUAGUUCUAUUGACGUGAGAGGAAACGCGAGAAUGGAAUGUAAACAUAGGAUUGUGGUGAGAUGGAGCGGAAAAGAAUACGAUAUCCUCGAUCUUCAGGAAGAAGAUACUGUUCUUACGCUGAAAGAAUAUAUAUACAAGGAGACGGGUGUUCGUCCUGAGCGUCAGAGGCUGUUAAAUCUCAAAUCUAAAGGUAAAGCAGCCCAGGAUGAUGACAUCAUUGGCAAAUUAGACUUGAAACCUGGCUACAAAGUAAUGUUGAUGGGCUCACGUGAGGAAGAUAUUGCAGAAGCUAGUCAAGCACCGGAGAAUGUACCUGAUGUGAUAAAUGAUCUAGAUAUAGAGGAGGAAGAAGUGGAGAUUGAAAAAGCUGAGAUAAAUUUGCGCAAAAUUCAGAUACGAAUCGAACGUUAUAUGAUCACAGAGUUGAAUCCACUGCGGGAAGGUAAGAAGCUGCUUGUACUGGAUAUAGAUUACACUUUGUUUGAUCACAAGUCAGUGGCAGAGAGUGGAGCGGAACUGAUGCGUCCGUAUCUUCACGAGUUCUUAACGCGCGCUUACAAAUAUUACGACAUCGUCAUUUGGUCGGCAACCAGUAUGAGGUGGAUCAAUGAGAAAAUGAAGUUGUUGGGAGUCUCGAAUCAUCCCAACUAUAAGAUAGCCUUUCAUUUAGAUGUCCUCGCCAUGAUCACCGUGCACACACCGAAGUACGGUGUCGUCGGGGUGAAGCCUUUGGGCAUUAUCUGGGGCAAAUACAAGCAAUACUCUGCGAAGAAUACGAUAAUGUUCGACGAUAUUAGAAGGAACUUCAUUAUGAAUCCACAAUCAGGAUUGAGAAUAAGACCUUUCAAGCACGCACACAUCACUAGAGUCAAAGAUGUCGAGUUGGUGAAGUUGUCAAAAUAUCUAGAACUGAUAGCUAAAGUCGACGACUUUCAGACUCUCAAUCAUAGGAAGUGGGAAGAAUACAAGGUCAAGAAAAACGAUACUAACGACGACGAGUAAAAGAUCAUGUGGUAAAAUUGUCGCAGAUUAUUGAUGAAACUAGAUUUUCUUCCUGAGAUCUUGCAGCAAGAGCAGAUAAAGAUGUUGAUCGACGAAAGGAAUACAAAGCACUUCGAAGACUGUACAUAACGGAAGGAUGCAUUUGUUGGCCACUUUGAAAUCAUAGGCGAGGAAAAUAAAGCCACAAGACUGUCUCACACAUCCUGAGGAUAAGAAGAGAUUAGAUUACCUUAAUCGAGACCAGUCUCUUGUUAUUGCAAGAAGAUUUCCAGAUUACAAUGCACGAUGUUGACUCAAUGAGAAUACACGAAUAUUUUCACAUGCCUCUUUGUAUUUGUCAACUAUUUAUCGGUUGUAUCAUACUACUAUACUAUAUUAUACUACAUAUUGUAAGAGUCAUUAAAAAAAAUCUGCGCAUGACGUUACGCAAUGUAAUCGUUAAGAAUAUCACUAAUAUGACAUUACUUUAUGUUCACAGACUGAUAUAAUAGCUUUAACGUGUCGCGCAAUUGAAUUAUUAAAAUUUUUUAAUCGUACAUAUUCAAAGAAGCGAGAACAUGUCAGAGCAAUACACAUCUAUCAGAGUGAUUUUACGUUGAUAUCUAGAAAUAUGUAUGUUUAGAAAAACAAAAUUAGUAAUUUAAUUGCAUUGGUUAUCAAUGCUAUUAUGUCGGUUUGCGUGUUCGGCGUCGUGCGUGCAGGAUUUUUCCGCAUGUUACUCUCUGUAUUGUGUGCGUGUUCGCGAGCACGAAUGUGGGCAGAGUCUCACGCGAUGCCUGACGUAAAAACG